AUGGAGUUGACCAUCGUGUCUCCAUCUCCUGCCUCACCCACUGAAGGAGAUGAUCUGUGUGAGACAGAUGUCACCACUGUGGCCACCCACAGUGUGACCCUGCUCAUCUGCCUCUGUGGGCUGGCUGGGAAUGGGGCUGUGCUCUGGCACCUUGGAUCCCACUUUUUGUGCAGGAACAGCACCAUCCUUUACAUUCUUGUGCUGACUUUUUUGGACUUCCUUCUCCUCCUCUUUGUUUUGCCCUCCACCCUGCUCUUCCUGCUGGAGAAUGUGUCCUGCUCUAUCAUCAUGCCCUUGCAGUACGUGGGGUUGCUUUUCAGGCUGUCAGCGGUGUCACACAGCGUGUGGCUGUGCACACUGACAUUCUUCAGCAUCAAGAGGUGCAGGUCCAUCCACUGCCCACUCUGGCACUGCUGCCACCAUCCCCAGCAGCUGUUGAAGGUGAUGCAUGCCCUGCUCAGAGCCUUCUUCAUCACUUUCAUCAUUGUCAUUGCCAUAAUAUUUUCUCCAUGCAUUGUCCUGCUAUCUGAGCACUGCUGGGUUUUUUACAUCUCCAUGCACGCCUUCAACCUCCUCCUCUGUGCUCCCUUCAUCCUCAUUUCCAGCAAAAUUGUCUUCACUCAUUUCAAGCAUGGCUCCCAUCAGCAGCAACCCAAGAGACUCGAUAUUGUUAUGUGCCUCAUUGUGCUCUUCACUCUGCCCCUCAUCCUCUGCCAUUUCCUGCAGGAACUCGGCUACACCGUUGUGCCCUCCCAUGUUCUUUUCCUGCUCAUCUGCAUCCACAGAAGCAUCAACCCCAUCAUUUGCUUCUUGGUGGGGAGGUGCUGGAAGCCCUGCUCUGUGGGGUCUCUCCAGCUCUCCCUCCAGAGGGUCUUUGAGGAGCCAGAAGAAAACACUGCCCACAGCCAUGAUCCCACCAUGGACACGGGAGUCUGAGUCUGUUGAUUUCUCCUCCUGCACUACUGAAGGACCCCGGGACAGUGGCUGAGAGAUUCCUUGAGUCUCCUGAUCAAUAAAUACCCACAGGAUCA